AUGUCCGACACAGAGGAAGUUGAUCAGGUCGAGGAAUACGAUGCUGUAGAAGAGGAGGUAGUAGAGGAAGUAGAGGUGGCCCCUGAGGCGGCCCCUGAGCCAGAGCCAGAGGCAGAACCAGAGCCAGAGCCAGAACCAGAACCAGAACCAGAGGUAGAACCAGAACCAGAACCAGAACCAGAAGCAGAGCCUGAGCCUGAAGACGCUGUUGAAGAGGAAGAGGAGAAGCCAAAGUUCAAGCCCAGUGCUCCAAAAAUCCCAGAUGGUGAGAAAGUGGACUUUGAUGACAUCCAGAAGAAACGUCAGAACAAGGACCUGGUCGAGCUGCAGGGUCUGAUCGAUGCUCACUUCGAGCACAGGAAGAAGGAGGAGGAGGAGCUGAUUGCCCUCAAGGACAGGAUUGAGAAGCGUCGUGCUGAGAGGGCGGAGCAGCAGAGGGUCCGUAGUGAGAAGGACAAGGAGCGCCAGGCCAGACGUGAGGAGGAGAGGCGGAUCAGGGAGGAGAAUGAUGCCAAGAAGAAGAUGGAUGAGGAUAUCAAGAAGAAGUCAGCUCUGUCCAGCAUGGGCUCCAACUACAGCAGUCACCUGCAGAAAGCUGAUCAGAAGAGAGGUGGAAAGAAAGAGACUGAGAGAGAGAAGAAGAAGAAGAUCCUGGCCGCCAGGCGCAAGCAACUCAACGUUGACCAUCUGAACGAAGAUAAGCUGAAGGAUAAGAUCACUGAGCUGCAUGAAUGGCAGACCCAGCUUGAGUCUGAGAAGUUUGACCAUAUGGAGAGACUGAAGAGGCAGAAGUAUGAGGUUACAACCCUGCGUAAGAGAGUGGAGGAGCUCAGUAAAUUGUGCUCAUGUAUAGGAAACGCAUUGAUGAGUUGCAGAAGCACAGCAAGAAGGGAGCCGCUGCCCGCCGCAGGAAGUAAACAAGCCCUUGCCUCUGCUCAGACACCAUACUGCGAUCGUCUCGGACAAACGCCUGAUGAAGCUACGCACACUGUGGCGAAGGUCGCACCUCACAAGAAGCAAGUAAUGCUGAGGUUCACCCGGAGGUUACCAACCCACGUCUUAAUUCAUGCAACCAGGAGCCUUUAG